AUGAGUCCAAUAUGCAGCGAUGCAAGUGACACGGAGCAUCUGGACCGCAGCUCAUGGGCAUAUCAGCGUGGUGCUCUGAUAGUCCCACCCCCACCACCACCACCUCCUCCUGACGACCAAUCGCACAACUUGUCCAGCCGAAAUUUCAUUCCUUCUACUGGACCCGCAGUGCAAAUGUGCUGCGUCCAAAACACCCCCCAAGUGGCUAUCCCGCUUCCUCCUGCCGACCCUCCCAAUAGUUUGGAAGGGCCCAAAGCAGCAGAGGAGAGCAAAAGACCACCUACACCCCCAUGGAGGAAAAACAAAAUAUUCUCGAGCCACACAGCCGGGAAAUGGCAGAAUCUGUUCACCUCGACGCAAGUGUCCGGCGGCCAGACGCAAGAACGAAACAGCAGCCCCGAUAGCGACAUUACAUUGAGCCUCCGCCUACCCCUAGAAGAUCCGUACGCUUUUUCAAGCAUUCCUGAUCCUUAUGCGACCACCAGUUGCUACAGUGACAACAGCAAUAGCUCAUCUGCAGCACUAACUGGGACAUCGUUCGUACAGCCACCUGAGCCAGUGUCCGGGAUCACUGCGAAUGCGCCCCUCUCACCUCCAUCUGAAACCUAUUUAGGGGCAUCCAGUAAUGUGCCAUUUCUUUUGCCCCCUUCCAUGUCACACAAAGGGCUGAAUCAUGCAAAUGGGCAAUCAGGGAGGCCCAGCUCGUCGUCUUACGUCUACCCUCCACUGCCAGCGGCACCGCCACCUAGGGAACGGGAUCACUGGUUACCACCCGAAGCUCAUCAAAUACGCCAGAGGCUCCGGGGAAGGCCUCGAUCUGAAGGCAUGGCAUCUCAGGGAGCCUUGGGGGGUCCGCCACCUUUUCCCUUUGCCACGCACUACUACUACCCACCUCAGCAGCAUCAGCAACAGCACCCGCACCAUGAUCGGGCAUUAUUAGCCCUCAGACGUACUUGUUAUCGAUGCCGGAAGAGAGGUCAUGAAGCUAGCGAGUGCCCUUCAGGGCAGGGGCUUCGCCAGACACGCUCCAAAUCUUGA